GUUUCGAAGAGGCCUGCCUGUAUUUUGGACAAUAUCUGAGAUCAAUCGAAACGUUUGAAUUGGUCCAGUGCUGUUUUCUAAAGGAAAACACUUACGGAUUUUGCGUAAGGCACGUGUUUUUUAAAGGCAGAGUUAGGGUGACAUUGCGGUCUCUUUAUAUCGAAUAUAACGUCGCCCGACAAAAAAGGGAAAGUGGGACAUUGUCCAUCAUACGUAUUAACGCAGUGGGAUUUUUACGUCUGGUCCGCGUUUCCACCCACCCCUCCCGCGUUGACGGUGAUGGGUCGGAAGCGGUGUGUCGGUGCAGAUUGUUCCAAGAUGGCGGCUGGGUGCUGCGGGGUGAAGAAGCAGAAGCUGUCGGGAUCCCCCGGGUCGGGGGGUCCUGGCGGAGUGGGGGCGGGUAACGGGGUGGUAGGGACUGGACAUUGUGGCUCGGACUUGGGGAUUGGUUCCUCCUCGACUGUGGUGGCAGGGAACAUGAAUCGAGUGAACGGCCUGGGGGGUCCUGGGGGUAGUAGUAGUAGCACCAACGCAUUGUCCCCAGCCCCAGGAGGCUACAACUCAACUGGCAUCUCCCCGAAUCUUAGCCCGGGAUGUGGUUCGGGAAGUGGAGGCAGGAAGAUGGUUGUUUCAGCGGAGAUGUGCUGCUUCUGUUUCGACGUGCUUUAUUGCCAUCUGUAUGGAUACCAACCUCCCCGAACACCCAGGUUUACAAACGAUCCCUACCCGCUGUUCGUCACAUGGAAAAUAGGCAGAGACAAGCGGUUGAGGGGAUGUAUAGGUACAUUUUCUGCCAUGAACCUGCACUCAGGACUCAGGGAGUACACCCUUACCAGUGCCCUUAAAGACAGCCGCUUUCCUCCCAUGACGAGGGACGAGCUGCCACGCCUCUUCUGCUCAGUGUCUCUGCUCACCAACUUCGAGGACGUCGGUGAUUACCUUGACUGGGAGGUGGGUGUUCAUGGCAUUAGGAUAGAGUUUUUCAAUGAAAAAGGAUCAAAGCGCACCGCCACCUACCUACCAGAGGUCGCAAAAGAGCAAGGAUGGGACCACAUUCAGACCAUAGAUUCCUUACUACGAAAGGGAGGCUACAAAGCUCCCAUCACAAAUGACUUCAGGAAGACCAUUAAGUUGACCAGGUACCGUAGCGAGAAGAUGACGAUGAGCUAUGCGGAGUACAUCGCCCACCGCCAGCACCAUCACUAUCAGAACGGCACCGGGCAUCCUCUACCCCCAUACAACCAUUAUUCCUGACAGCGAGCCGCAUGACCAAUCACUGAACCUCUCUGCGGACCUUUUCCCAGGAGAGCCCGCCCCCUCCUGGUCUAGCUAUCUCUACUACUGUACCAUUUUAUGAUGAUAGUUUCCGUUGCCAUGCUGACGCUCUCCCAGACGUUGACGUGGCAACGGGUGGCAAAAUAAGCAUAAAUUGAUAAUGACGAGAAAAAACAAAACUUUUUUUCCUUUUUAUCCUCCUAUUGAUUUAGUUUUUGCAGCAUAUAUAUUCAUAUCUAUAACCCCUUUCGUUCAUAUUUUUGACAAGUAAACGAAUACUAGAUUUUCUUAAACUUUGAUUAUUUUCAAAGAAUCCUAAUCAGGUUUUUGAUUCUGUGGAUGGAAGCAAGUCAUAUAUGGUGGACUAGUCUUGCAUAAUGGUAUAUGCUCAUAUUUUGUGUAGGCUUUUCUACAGUGUUCCCUUCUAUUAGGAAAAUGUGUUUUUCUGUUGAAUCCCUUCUUAGUAGCCUGAUUGACAUUGUGUGUAUCAUGUAGCAAGCCAUCAGCAGUUCUGGAAUGUUGCAUCAUUUCCUCAAUUUUGCGAUUCCUCUCAAAAAAGUAUUGACUGUUAAGGUUGGUUUGGCCUUUGUAAACCGUUGUAGUGAUGUAAUUGAAUAGGUGUUGGGACUUGUAUACCCAAGAUUUUACAUUGUGGGGUUGUGAUGCCACACAAACAAUAUUAGCUGGUCUUUAUUGCGUUACCCUACAAACCUGUUUGCUUUUCUGUGUGUGGUUAGCUGUUUGUUAAGUGCACAUCUGACAGGACAUUGACAGUGCUAGAUUAAAUUAGGAAUAGGAUCUUGUCAAAAUAUUUCCCACGAUGCUUGACAGAGCCUUUCAUUUCCACCCGGUUGUUCAUGGUGUUUUUGAUAAACACUUCUAGACUUUAUUAUUAUUAUUAUUAUUUUUUAAAUUUAACCUUUAUUUAACUUGGCAAGUCAGUUAAGAACAAAUUCUUAUUUACAAUGACGGC